GUUCAACCGUUUCUGAAUCACCGCGAUUCAACCAGAAGAAGCCCCAUGUCGUUAAGCACUCCAUCCAAAAGAGACCAUGUACCCAAACUUCCGUUGUUAUCCUGUCCUGUUGCCAAAUUGCCCCAGGAGACGUUGGACCAAAUAAUUGACCACGUCGCGUCUUCCUACAACCACUUGGAAUUUCUCGUACGGAGGAACACGAAUGUCCUGCUCGCUUGUGCGCUGACAUGCCGCGCUUGGAGGGAUCGAAGCGUAUUUCAUCUGCGAGCCAACAAACAUCGAUCCGUCUGGGUCGCAGAAUCGAGAAACGCCCUUGAUGAGGUUACCCAGCAAUAUGGAUGUCGCCCAGAUUUAGCCACGUUCACGCAAAAGCUUACGAUUGAAGGCAUGCAUGUCGAACCGAUGAGAUUCUACGACUCCGAAUGCCGUCGACUUCUGGAUAUUUUCCCCAACGUUCACGAAGUCACAUUGUGCAACGUAAUUGCGCCGCCGCCGGUGAUGCGAUGGACCACCUUUCAUAGACAGUACCUGAACGUGACCUCACUGCACCUCGACGCUGUUCAGCUACCUACCUGCCGAUACUUCGCCGCCCUCCUACACUCGUUCCCUCAUCUGGAGGCAUUGCAUCUAACAGAGGCCUUCUGGCAAUGUGAUGGCCAUCAAUGUGUCGAUGAGCGAGAGCAGUCAGAUGGCGUUUCCGUCACGGCUCAUAGCUUGACCUUCGUUGAUCAGGACGAUGACGUAGGCUGCGGGGAGAAUGUCAGUCGACCAAGACUCCGAGAAUUAUCGAUGGUCCGAAGUAACGGCCAUAUGCAUGAGUUGCGUUGCCUGCCCUAUUUCUUUGAUCUACGCUUCCUCAUACGGUUGCGGGUUUCGUGUCCGGCGGACGCGACGGGAUGCCUUGUCAAUAUGAAUGAUCCGACUGUCAGCAGCAUAGUCACAGAAGCCGGCGACUCUCUUGAGAACGCAAGCUUCAUUAUCCCAGGUAUUGAGGAAGAUUUCUUGAUAUAUGCUAUACUCCCUAGCGCUAUCAGCUUGAGAAGCAACACAAGUUUUUCGACACUACGAAUUGGCUGGGUUGAUUUGCGUUGUCUGCCGCAGCGUGUCCCAGACUUUUCGUGGAUUCCUACGAUGCUUUCAGCAAUCGUGUCGACUCGAUUCCAACGAUUUUACUUACACAUCAAGGCAGACAGUGCCGACCAGUUGCAGUACGUGGAAUGGGCAAGAAUCGACGAUAUCCUCAGCGGGCCUGUCUUUUCAUGUCUUGAGGCGUUUGAGAUAUUGUAUCGAGGAAUGUAUCAUGUAUUGACCACGGCAAACCAUCCAGCCUCCGCAGUCAUUGAGCAGCUGAUGCCAAAGCUUGUAGCUCGCAAUGUGCUCAUAGUUAGUGAGACCAUUGAAUGAAAAUACCAUUUACGGUGGUGUCGCGUUUCU